CAGAGGCAUUGUCCUCUACUAAACUGAGAAAGCACAUGGCCACGAUGUCCAAGGUCCUCAACUUGAAGGAUAAUGAAAUGGAUGACCUUGCUGACUUUUUAGGACAUGACAUCAGGGUGCAUCGGCAGUUCUACAGGCUACCUGAAGGUACCUUACAGCUGGCAAAAAUCAGCAAAGUUCUAAUGGCCAUGGAACGAGGUCAGAUAGUAGACUUCAAAGGAAAAAAUCUCGAUGAGAUCCAGAUUGAUCCAAAAGAGCGGGUACUGAUGGACAGUGAUGUAUCAGACUCUGAAAAUGAGAAAGAGAUGACUGGAAAUUAUCCUUCAAGUUCAGCAGGCAAAAACGAUAAACAACUGCAUCAGAUUGGCGAGGACUUAGAGGAACCACAUGCAACAAGCAAGAGCGAUAAAAAACUGCAUCCGAUUGGCAAGGACUUGGAGAAACCACACGCAGCAAAGAAAUCUUCAAAAAACGCACGGAGAAAGUGGUCCACAGAAGAGAUCCAGGCUGUGGAAGAAACACUGAUGGACUACAUCAGGUCUGGAAAAGUUCCUGGAAAAGCCCAGUGCAUGGAGUGCAUUGAAAGGUCCCCAGCAGCACUUCAAGGGAGAAGUUGGGAAGGGGUGAAAUGUUAUGUUAAAAAUCGCAUUGAUUCCAUGAAGCGUAAAAUGUAAAACGAUAGAGCCUUUAUCAAGAUGUUUUUCCCAUGUUUGUGGAUAGGAUCGCAUUGGUUUGUUGAAAACUUAAACUAAAAGUUAAAGGGCCUUUAUAGGGCUGGGUGAUAAUUUUAUGUUAAAAAUCACAUUUAUUCCAUGAAGCGUAAAAUGUAAAACGCUAGAGUCUUUAUCAAGAUGUUUUUCCCAUGUUUGUGGAUAGGAUCGCAUUAGUUUGUUGAAAACUUAAAAUAAAAGGUAAAGGGCCUUUAUAGGGCUGGGUGAUAUAUCACAUAUGAUUAUUUAUGCACAUCUCAUCAGUAAAGCAGUUUCCAUUAUUAGUAGUAAAUCGCUAUCACCUGCUUUCCAAAGAUCUUCUUUCAGAUGAAGCAGCAUUUACUACACAGAGACGUAGUUUCCUGACAAGCUAUGCAAUAUCACAUUAAUUAUUGUAGGUGAUACGUCCGUGAUAAUGAAUGUGAUAUUGCAUAGCUUGUUAGUAAACUACGUCUCUGUGUAGUAAAUGCUGCUUCAUCUGAAAGCUUUACUGAUGAGAUAUGCAUGAUAAUCACAUGUGAUAUGUCACCAAGCCCUAGGCCUUUAUCAAGAUGUAUUUUUCCCAUGUUUGUUGUUGGGAUGUUAAAUCAGUUAAAUAAAGAAUACUGACUAAUCAAGAGAUC